AAGAACUGCACGCUAAAUGGAAAAAAAGUCAUUAUAUAUAACGUUUGUGGACUCUCUCCUCUUCAAAUUUUCUAGUAAUUCUCAAACCACAAAGCUGCAGUGACUAUACCAUAGCUUCAUUCAAUUCAAUUCAUCGUUUCCUCGUCGAGUAAGAUACCAGAUCUCGAAGUCUGUUUAAAGGUUGAAGAAUAAAUAAACUUCAAACCCAAACAAGCUUACAAGAAUUGUUUCAGUCAAUUCUUUGUUGUCAUUUUUGUCCAAAAAAUGUCGGUGGCGUUGACAGAGACCGGCGAUAUGCAAGCCGGCGGAGAAGGGCAGAGCAAUAGUGGCGGGUUUGAUGAGAAGUAUUUGAGCGACUUUAGAAGUGGUGUAAGUGAGAUAGAAGAAGAGUGCUCGAGUGACAUGUUUGAGAUCAACAGUGGUGUGCCUAUGGAGUCCAUUAAAGAAGAAGUUGAGGGUAGUUUGUUUUCGUACGAUUUCCAAAACAGAGAUCAUGAUGAUGUUGUUUAUGUCGCAGUGCUGGAGAAGAGUAGUGAUGAGCUCUCUAGCAUGGACGCGCUCGAGUGGACUCUCAACCAUGCUGUGUUCAAUCCAUCAACGCUUGUUUUUCUCAUUCAUGUCUUCCCUGAGAUACACUACAUCCCUACACCAUUAGGAAAGCUUCCAAUAAGUCAGGUGAACCCGGAGCAGAAGGAGAACUAUAUGAACCAAGAAACAAGCAAGAGAAGAGAAUUCCUCCAGAAGUUCCUUGAUAAGUGUUUUGCUUACAAGGUAAAAGUGGACACAAUACUUAUUGAGAGUGAUAUGGAGGCAAAGGCAAUUCAGGACCUCAUUCCCAUCCUCAAUAUAAGAAAGCUGAUUGUGGGCACCAACAAAUCCAAUCUUAGGAAAUUGAGGACUAAGCGAGGGAGUGGGAUAGCUGAUCAGGUACUUCAAAAUGCACCGGAAUAUUGUGAGAUAAAGAUAAUCUGCGAAGGAAAGGAAGUGGUUGACCAGUUGACUGAUUCACCUUCUCCACGUGGCAAUGAUGGUAGUCCCAAAUCUACAUCAGUGGAGCACGAGAUUGGGACCAACGAUUCCUUUAUAUGUUAUUGUUUUAAAAGCAAAGUUGUUAAGUGAGUAAACACUUGCGGGGAUAGCUCAGUUGGGAGAGCGUCAGACUGAAGAUCUGAAGGUCACGUGUUCGAUCCACGUUCACCGCACUCCAUUUCUUUUUCCCUUUUUCCUGAAAAUUCGGAUGCUUUUCUUCUAUAUUUCUGUUUUUUAAAUAAAUGUGUCAAUAAUCAUAGAACUAAAUUCUGUCCAAUACGAUUUGAAGUACAGCUUUUUAUUUAUUUUUAAUUCUAUUCUGAAAUCUAUGUUUUAAAUUUAUCUGUCACAAUAAA